AUGAAUGCCGCCUCUCUUGUUCGCCAGUAUGCUGCUAGCAGGGCAUUGCUCGAGGGCAAGCGCCUCCACUCGCAGCUUAAGAGAGAUGGCGCCGAUCGCAAUACUCUCAUUGGGAAUCUCCUCGUCGCCAUGUAUGCGCAGUGCGGCUGCCUGGAUCAAGCUCGACUCGCCUUCGAUCGCAUCUCCCAGCGAAAUAUUUACUCCUGGAAUAUUAUGGUCACGGCAAAUGCCCAGAGAGGGCACUGUCGCAGAGGAGAGGAGGCCUUUGAUCGAAUGCCACAUCGAAAUGUGGUUUCGUGGAACACGAUGAUCCGGGCAUUUGUCCAAAGCAACGAUCUCGUCCAAGCCAGGCACUGCUUCGACCAGAUCCCGGAUCGCGACAACGUUUCUUGGAAUAUCAUGCUCGCUGCGUAUGCCCAGCGAGGGCAUGUCGAGAGCGCUGCAAAGAUCUUCGCCAGGAUCGAGAAACCUGAUGUGAUUUCGCUCAAUACUGUUAUCUCGGCGUAUGCGCAGCACGGCCACGCCUCGAUCGCAAUGGAUUUGCUGCUUGGCGAGAUGGCAGGGCGAGAUUUCGUGUCGUGGAACACGGUGCUGGCUGGGUUGACCAAAGAGGGUAAGCUCGAGCAAGCGAAGGAGCUCUUCCGCAGAAUCCCCCAAAGGGAUGCACUGGCAUGGAUGGAUUUGUUCCAGGAACUGGGACGCCAGGGCCGGAUCGAGGAAUCGAAAGCUCUGUUCGAUGAGAUCCCGCGGAGAGAUAUCGUGUCCUGGACUGGGAUGCUCCAAGCCUACGCCAGGAACGGAAAUGUGGCUAUGGCGAGGAGGAUAUUCGAUAGAAUGCCCGAGCAAGACGAUGUUUCGUGCACUGUUAUGCUGGGAGGCUACUCCGACAAUGGAAAUCUUGAGAAAGCGCGGGAGUUCUUUUGCUCAUUUCAAUCCAAUGAUCCAGUGGGCUGGACUGCAAUGAUCCACGCUUAUGCCCGGAACGGGCAUCACGAGCAAGCUCUCUGGCUGUUUCUCGCGAUGGAUCUCGAGGGUGUUAGGAUCGACCACAUAGCGAUUCUCGCAGCUCUCAACUCCUGCGCGAGCAUUCCAUCGCUAUCCGUGGGAAGAAUCAUCCACGAAGAGAUCGUGGAACAGAAACUCGACACCGAUCUGUCGAUGAGAACCGCCGUUCUUGAUAUGUAUGCGAAAUGUGGGAAGCUGGAGGUGGCGAGAGAUCUCUUCUUCGUCCACGACCUCCAUCGUGAUGCCGUCUCGUGGAAUGCCCUGAUCGCUGCUCAUGCCGCAAGCGGUGGAGCUCUCGACACGCUGUGGCUGUUUGCGUUGAUGAUCCUCGACGGGAUUUCUCCCAUAGAUUCGACCUUUGUCAGUGUUCUAUGUGCGUGUAGUCACGCAGGCAUGGUGGAAGUAGCAUGUCACUGUUUUGCGACCAUAGCUAGUGACUACGAUGGAAUCUUUCUCACUCCCGAGCUCUACAUGAUCGUGAUCGAUGUCCUGGCUCGGGCCGGGCAGCUGGAGCGUGCCGAGGAGCUCUUCCACGGCAUGCCAUUUGAGCCCGAUGCUGUGAGCUGGAGAAGUGUGGCUGGCGCUUGUAGAGUUCAAGGGGAGAUGAUAAGGGUUUCACUAGAACAAGAGCACGAUGAUAAUCCUGCCUCGUAUGUUGUAUUCUCAAAUCUUUGCGUUGGUUAA